AUGGCUAACUUGCUCAAUGAUGCUGACGUUGUCGACGUGGAAGCUUACGACUGGCUCAUUGCCGACACCUCUCGUCCUGACUUUGGUGAUCGCGUCACGGAUGAGGAGAUUGAUGAAGCUGUUGUUCUCAGAGAUUCCGCCAUCAUCGGGCGGGCAGGCGAGGAAGUUUACGCAAAGUGGGCGAACUGGUUGAUGCAGAAGGAGAAGACCAAGGGUGAUGCAAGGGCAAACGAUUCUUGGACUUCAAAUCCGGGGUUGGCAUGCUUCGGGCUUCGGGAGUUUGCUAUUGAUGACUGGCCGUUGAUAGGACCGCGGGCCGUCAAGGAAUACCUUGAAGCUGUCCGCAAUGGGUCAACCGAUAUGACAGCCUAUCACCUCACCUGGUUGCAAGCAUCUGGGGUCUCACAAUCUUCAGGUGCAGACAUGUUGCGGGUUGGUCUGGGCAUUGACCAACUGGAUCUUUCCAAUAUCUUCGUGGCGGAGCUUGCCGUCCGAAGGCUCAUUCAGAUUGAGACAGCUGUAGCGCGCAAUCCUGCCUCGCCAGAUUACACAGGUCCUGAGCUGUUGAUGGAGCAGAGUGUCGGUGCCACUGGACAGGCUGUGACCUUGACCUUCAACAACUGGGUUGCCUCUAAGCUAAAAGACCGGGCCAACGUACAGAAACUGACGAGGCUCUACAAAGAAGAGUUCGGCGGCAACCGAGGCAGUGUCCCCACCAGCGAGGAGAAAUGA